UCAUCACUUUUGUGUUCAUUUUCCUUUGGAUAUUCUUCACUUUUAUGAAAUUUCAGUUUAUUAGAACCAAUUGUAAAUGUAACUUAAAAAUAUAUAUCGCGGAGAAUCACGAAUAUUUUGUACACAUCACCAAGUUCUCGUAUAAAAUUGUAUAUAUGUACAUAUAUGCAAGCUCUUGAGUAGAGGGACAUUACAGAUUGAAAAUGCGCCUGCAAUUUGCCUUGUUCAUAUUGCUCACAGCCGGCGCCACGCUGUCGAAUUCAAGCAAUUCGAAUUCCUCGGUAGCACAACUGGAGCAUAGCCUCAUCGAUAAAACCGAAUGCAAGGAAUUACGUUCACUUUGUGCACAUUUGAAACAAACUGAUAAUAUAUCGGUCUUGGAGUGUGUUAGCACUUUUUCUUCUAGCCAAUUGGAGGCAGUACCGGAUAAAUGUCAACAUGCUUUAUGGUUGCAACAACGUGCAAUGCUGACAGAUAGAUGGGUAACGGAGCAGCUAGUGCCACAACACUGCAGUUUACAACAGCAACAGCUAACUUCCUGUAUCAAUGCGGUGAAUUUGUGGAACUGCAUUCAUGAACGUGCAAUGCGCAUGGAACAUAGCAGCGAAUGUCGGGCAUAUAUUUUGCGUGCCUUUGCGACAUUUUUUCCCGACUUCGAUCAAUUGGGCGAUUUUUUUAUUGGUUGUGGAUCUCAUAUCGAACAACUAGAGUGUGGUCGCUUAAACUUGGAGCGGCGGAGCAUGUCUCAAAUUGAGACUGUGCAGUGCUUGCAAGAGACAGCAGCCGAUACAUUGGAUGUUAGAUGCAAAGCUGAAUUAACCCUUCUGGAGCAACAACGUAAAGAUUUGGAAUUCUUUGAAGUCUGUGGUGAUGACUGGAGAAGGUUAUGUGGGCAGGAACCGCCCGGCACAGCUGCUGCAUUCAAGUGUUUAGUUAAGAAUAAAGCAGAUCCAACAAUGACACGUCGAUGUGUCGAAAAAAUUUCACAGCGUGAUCGUGAAAUAGGUAAAGAUUACCGUCUCGCACAUGGCCUUGCAAAGGCUUGUAAGGAGGAUAUCAAGCAAUAUCAUUGUCGCCGUGGCGUGUCCGAGGACAAACAAGUACGCCUGGCGCAAAUUUUACUUUGUCUUGAGUCGGUUGUGAAGAAUGGCUCGCUGGUUUCAGCCGAGUGUCAAACGGAAAUUAACGAUCACCGUCGAAUGCUCAUGCAUGACUACAAGUUAUCGCCGGAAAUUCUUAGCGAUUGCUCUGAUGACAUACCAAAGUUUUGCGGUGAAAUUGAAAAGGUGCAAGCGGUCAGGGGGAAUGCCAUCGGUAACACAGACAACGGCCAAAUCAUCCACUGCCUAAUGGAGCAUGCACGCGCGAAACGCAGAAAGGAUCGUCGAGUUACUGCUCAAUGUCAACGUUCGCUUGAAAAGCUAAUAAAAGCUGCCGACGUGGGCGAGGAUUGGCGUGUAGACCCAGUGCUGCGACGUGCUUGCAAGCCGGUCGUAGACGUAGCUUGCCGGGAUACAGAUGCUGGCGAAGCACGAGUUAUGUCUUGCUUAAUGGAGCGAAUUGGAACACCGGUAAUGCGACCAGACUGCGAGCAGGCGCUAAUGCUCAUACAGUAUUUUGUAGCGCGCGAUUUCAAACUAGACCCACAGCUGUACAAGCAUUGUCAUGACGACGCGAUCAAAUACUGCCGCGCUAAACAUGUUUGGGAUGACGUUAAUGACAAUCAAAUGGAUCCUGAACGAGGUCCGCUUAUACUACCUUGCUUACAUCGUAUCGCCUACAAUGAUGAUGACAAUUUGGCACUACGUAAAGACUGCUUUAAAGAAGUGAAGCGCGUAAUGCGUCAGAGAGCAGUAGCUGUGGAUCUUAUACCUGAAGUUGAGGACGAGUGCAUCGAGGACUUAUCCAUAUAUUGCUAUGACCGCACACAGAAGGGUGCAGAAAUGGACUGCUUGCAAACUAAUCUCGAAAAACUAUCACCGACGUGUAAAAAAGCCGUUUCGGCAUACACUGAAGAAGAGGCGGAGCAUAUUGAAUUAAACCCAGUCAUUAUGUCUGUGUGCAUGAACGCAAUGCAAACUCAUUGUGAACACAUCCUGAAGGGUGAAAAGGAUAAAGGUGAUAUGAUGGAUUGUUUGAUAUCACAUAAAAACGACGCAGAUUUGCGUCAAGAUCUUAAAUGCCGAGCAGCAAUUGAGCAUUUUCAAAUCAUCUCAUUGAAGAACUAUCACUUUACCUACAAAUUUAAGACAGCAUGCCGUCCACAUGUGACGCGUUUCUGUGCAGCAAGCACUACCAAAAAUGAGGUUGUCGCCUGUUUGAGCGAAGUUAUGCGAAAUGACACAAUACGCGGUCAACGUCAUUCGAUACCGAAAGAAUGUCGCCAACAAGUAAAAGCUCAACUCUACCAGCAACGCGAGUCCAUAUUGCUAGAUCCGAAAUUGGCAAAUGCAUGCAAGAAAGAGCUAGAGACUUUUUGCGAUGAUGAGAAGGGGCCUGGCCAGGUGAAUAACAAUGCUCUAGAGUGCUUGCAACAAAACACACAGCGUCUCGGAAGCUCGUGUCACCACGCUAUAUUCCUAAUCAAACGCUCACAACUUUCUGAUAGCGGCACGGACUUCACCCUCGUCAACACCUGCAAAGAAAUGACUUACAAAUUUUGCAACAACGCCGACUCUGAGCACCUGCUAGAUUGUCUUAAAGCGUACAAAGAUGAUCCGCUCUUCGAUCCACGCUGUCAUUUGGUUGUCGUAAAUCGUAUGAUUGAGCAGAAUACCGACUACCGCUUCAAUCCAUCAUUACAACUAGCAUGCGGAAAGAAUAUCGAUCGCUAUUGCUCGCAUAUUGUAGCCACUGCACAGCCCAACGAGGAACUAAACGGAAUGGUGGUUCAGUGCUUAAAAGACAAAUUUCGGGAAUCCCGUUUAGAUCACGACUGCACUCAAGAGAUGAUCAAAAUACUGCAAGAACAAGCAUUGAACUACAAACUCAAUCCAUUACUGCAGAAUUUCUGUAAGUCCGAAAUAGAAGUCCUUUGCAAGGCAAGUCUUCAAAGCAAGGAGCACGGCAUGGUCGAGGAAUGCUUGAAAACAGCUUUUCUGAAUCACAAGAUCAUUAAUCGUGACUGCCGCGUUGAAGUUGCUACACUGAUAGCUGAAGCUAAGGCCGAUAUACACGUAGAUCCCGUACUGCAAGAAGCUUGCACUGUAGAUUUACUACGAUACUGUUCAAAUGUACAAAGUGGAAAUGGACGAAAAUUGAAGUGCCUGCAAGUCUUAUUGAAGGAUCAGUCCAAGGCAAUGGAAGAGGAUUGUCGCAUGAAAUUGCAGAAACGUAUUGAAAUGUUCCGCAAUGCGGACACGGUACUGGCUGAACCUCCAGAAAAUAUGGAAGAACUUGUUAGUCAAGUAGUUUCUUCACCGGCGAAAAGAUUUUUCUUAAUUAUUUUUAUGUCUGCCGUUGGAAUGAUCUUUAUGAUGGGUAUCUUCCUUGGGCGUAUAACCAAACGUGCAAUCAACACCAAAAAUAAAUAAGCUGUCCAAUAGAAUAGAAUUUUUAACAAAAAUCCUUCCCAUUCCCCUUUUUCCUUUUUUAAUUCUAAAAUGUAAACUAUUUUGAUAACUGCACUUAGAAUUUAUAUUUGCAACGUUUUUUUUUUUUUAUUUGGUUUUUCAUUUGUUUGUUGAUUUUGCUUACAAUGGAAAAUUCUCCAUUUAAACUUAUUGCUUAUUAUUAUAUAACAAUUUACUGGAACUAAAUACCGGAAAGAUUUUUCACAAAAUUUGUUUCAGUAACGAAAUGAAAUUCCUUUAUGUCCUAAUAUUUGUAAGAGUUUUUUUUAGGUUUGCUUCUGAUUAUAUAUUUUAUAUAACAGAAUGCAUAACAAAAGUGUAUAAUAUAUUGUUAAAAGUGCUAGUAUAAUAGAAUAUGAUAAAAAGUAAUUGGCAUAGCAACGCUUUACAUGAAUAAAUACUUUUUUAUGAAUUGUUUUAUUUACUGAAAAACAAUUACUGCA